GAAAAAAAUGCUCAAUAUGAGUGUAUUGACAAAUUGAUAAUAUACAACAAUGUGUCUUAUAACAGAUAACCUUAUAAUGCCUCAUCCAAACGUAUUCAAAUCCGUGGUCAUUUAAUUUUGUUUGGGCGGCCGGCUAAACUGACUUUAGUUUAGUAGACGUCGAAAGCUCGAGUUUAGUAGAAUAAUACUGGAGUUAAAAUGUUUACGUGAGAACUUUUUCACAAUGUGGCGUCUUUUGUUUUUUAUUUUCAUUACCAUUAGGACAUGCACGCCACAAAUUCGCUAUGUGGAAACACGGGAUAUAUCUUAUCAAAUAGCUGGUAUUUUUGAGUCGGUAGUGCAGACACAAUGCCGUGCAUUCAACGAGAGCAUGCGCUACAGAAGCCUCGGCGAUUACCGACUCAACCCUAUUCUCCUGAAGCCAUCUAGAACAGACAGCUAUUCCAUUUGGAAAGAAUUAUGCGCUAAUCCGACGAUGAGACCAAUUGCUAUAGUUGGGCCCCUAAAGCCUUAUUCUGACGGAGCCGUCCGAGAUCAAUGUGCAGUAGGAAACAUACCACACAUACAUGCUUCGUGGCAAAUUGAAGAUCCAAAUUUGUACAAAAAUGAAGAUGAAGAAGGCGAAUCUGAAGAUGGAAUCGAAGCUGGUGAGGAAAACGAAGCUGAGAAUGAAAACGAAGCAGAAAAUGAGAACGAAGAAGAAACUCAAGGGGAUGAAACAGAGGAGAAUGCUUUUAAAAAGAUAUCUAUUAAUUUCUACCCUAACUUUGAUGAAAUCUCUUUAGCUUAUGCAAGACUGCUCAAGUACUACGGGUGGGAAAAUUUCGCAGCUCUUUAUGAAGAUGAUGCUGGAUUGUUACGAAUACAAAAGAUCCUUGCUGAACACACUACGAACCAUAUUGUAACAGUGCGCAGAUUGGACCCUGACAAGGAUAACCGUCAUGUAUUCAAGGAGCUAACCAAAUAUCAAGGGAAUCGAAUUUUAAUGGAUUGCGAUGCAAGUAGAAUAAUGAAAUAUAUGAAUGAUUCAAAGGCGUUGAAUAUGGUUAAUCAUUAUCAGCAUUACAUACUGGUGACAAUAGAAGCGUACAUAGUUGCUGAGCAAUUGACAGAGUUCAACUCAAACAUCACUUGGCUGAGUCUCUCAAAUUACGAUACACUGCGGAACGCCCAGCACUAUCUCGCGUCAAGGGUUGGCAGUUGGAGCUAUCCGGCUACUAGCUCUCCCCUAGUUACCAGCUUCACGACUGGGGACCUCAUAAUGGAUGAUAUUGCAAACCAUUUGUUGAAAGCGCUUCAAUCCAUAGAUAGUUCAAUACAAAAACCUAGAAACAGUAUCUGCGAUCCCGAUAGCGAUCCUUGGCGUCACGGUGCUUUAUUCCAGAAAGCCAUAUUACAGACAAAUUCUAGUGGUGUUACCGGUACCAUUACAUUCGAUGAAUUUGGGAGGCGUUCUAACUAUACUUUGUAUGUGAACGAGAUAUAUAUCUCUAAACGACAAACUAUAGGCACAUGGCAUUCAACAAAUGGAACAGAAAUACAAGAAAACAGACCUUCUGGUGACAAUCAAGUAUCCAACCAACACAGUAAACAUUUUAUUGUAAUAUCAAGAAAAGCGAAACCUUACUUUUAUGACAAGCAAAAAUGUGAGGGAGAUGAUUGUGAAGAGGACGAUGGUGAAAAAUAUGAAGGUUUCUCUGUCGAUCUGGUGAAACAUAUAUUUGCUAUACUCAAAGAAGAGAAUUUCAAUUACACUUAUUCCUUCCUGCAUGAAGAAGACAAAUUGUGGGGAAAGUUAGAUCCAAAAACUAAGAAAUGGAACGGUCUCAUUGGGGAUUUGCUAGAUCAAAAAGCUGAUCUAGCAGUUUGUGAUUUAACAAUAACCGAGGAGCGAAAAAAGGUUGUUGACUUUUCGGUGCCGUUCAUGUCGCUUGGCAUCAGUAUUUUGUAUACUCAGAAAAAAGAACCAGAACCAGAACUGUUCGCCUUCCUCAAUCCCUAUGCUUUUGACGUCUGGAUACACACGGCGACAGCGUAUUGUGUGGUAUCAAUAGUACUAUUCGUGUGUGCAAGAAUAUCGCCAGCUGAUUGGGAAAACCCCCAACCAUGUGACAAGGACCCUGAAGAGUUGGAAAACAUUUGGAACUUCAAGAAUUGUACCUGGCUCACAAUGGGAUCUAUUAUGACACAAGGAUGUGAUAUUUUGCCAAAGGCAUUGGGCUCUCGGUGGGUAUGCGGUAUGUGGUGGUUCUUCGCUAUGAUAGUAUGUCAGACUUAUAUUGCCCAACUAUCGGCGUCCAUGACGUCGGCACUGGAGGAAGAACCAAUAAAUAGUGUAGAAGACUUGGCAAAACAAAGCAAAAUUCUCUAUGGAGCCAUAGGUACAGGUUCAACUUUAGAAUUUUUUAAGGGCUCAAAAGAUAAAAUGUAUACGAAGAUUUACGAAACCAUGAUGGCGAAUCCUGUAGUUUUGGUAAAUACCAAUGAUGAAGGCGAAAAAAGAGUUCUCAAUGGAAAGAAUAAGUAUGCCUUUUUCAUGGAAUCUUGCACCAUAGACUACAAAUUGAAAAGAAACUGUGAUCUUACCAAAGUAGGUGGUGAAUUAGACUCGAAGGAUUACGGCAUCGCUAUGCCUGCCAACUCCCCUUUCAGAAGUCACAUAAAUAAAGCUAUUUUAAAACUUAAAGAACAUACUAUACUCGACGAAAUAAAAACAAAAUGGUGGGACAAAAAAUACGGUGCUAUAGAAUGUCCGCCCAAGACGGACGACAGCAGUGUUGAGGGCUCUCUUGGGAUGGAAAACCUUUUCGGCGCCUUUCUGGUGCUCAUAGUCGGUCAGGUGUUUUGCCUCUUCAUCACAGCUGUUGAAUUCCUAAAUGAAUGCCGUAAUAUCGUAGUGAGAGAACAGGUCACACACAAAGAAGUCAUCAUUAAAGAGUUAAAAGCAUCAUUGAACUUUCUUCAACUCCAAAAGCCUGUAUUACGGAAUCCGAGCAGAGCGCCAUCUAUUGUCCCUUCCACGGAGUCGGAGAAAAAACAAGACAAUCGCGCUACAGCUAUUGAAAACUUUCUUGAUUUUGAGAAAAUUAUUCAAUAAAUAUUAUUAUGAUUAUUUCUAGUGAAAUUUUUGUUGUUUUAUUAAAUAAUAAAAAAAGCAAUAAAGUGUUUAUUAUUAUUAUUAUCCUAACUAUCUAUACUAAUAGAUAUUAUAAAGAGGCAGGAGUUUUAUGUGUGUAACAAAUAACUCUCAAACCUGAAUUGAUUUCGAAAAUUCAUUCACUAUAAGGUAGCUACAUUAUUUAUUAUAUUUUUAAGCAUUAAUCUCAAGAUAUUGAUUAAUCUGCUCGAUUUAUAAAUCUAAAGAAAACUUUUACUUGAAAAAAAUCCAUUCUUUCCUGUUUGUGUUUUUCCUUAUAACUACAUUAUAUCCGAGUGUCAUAGGCUUAUAUUCUAUCCCGUUAAAAUAAAUUUCGCCAGUGCAAAGUUGGAGCGGAUCACUAGUAUAAUAUAAUAUUAUACUCGUAGAUGCGAAAGUGAGUUUGUUUGUUACGCUUCCGCGCCCGAAUAGCUCAAUCGAUUAUGAUGAAUUUCCCUAGAGAAAUAGAUGGGACCUUGGUUCUAAG